GGAAUGCUUGGUGGAAACUCCAGGGUUGAGGUCUCAAGGGGGAGAGAGCAUCCAGAAGGUAGAAAAUAGACACGCGUCCAUCUGUCCAAAAGGCUCCUUCACCAGAGAUCAUGUGACCAAGGUCUGACUUUAAAUUCUUGGAUCUUUUCCUGACUUUGUUCUUCCUACUUGUGCAGGCACCACUGCACAACUUAACCCGCUCAACUCUGAUCUGAUUGGACCAACUGAGGCACGAAGAUCAUGUCAGACACAGAGGAAAUUGUAGACGAAUAUGAAGAUGAGGAGGAAGACCAGGAGGAAAUAGAGGAAGACAAUCAGGCGGAGGAGGAAGAGUGGGAUGAGGAACCAGAGGAAGUCACAGAGGACAGCCAAGAGGUAGCAGAUGAGGAAGGGGAGGAAGAGGAUGAGGGAAAGCGAGAGGAAGACACGAAACCAAGGCCCAAGUCGUAUAUGUCUAGUAUCAUACCCCCCAAACUUCCGGAUGGUGAGAAGCUAGACUUCGACGACCUCCAUCGCAAACGUCUGGAGAAGGACUUCAAUGAGCUACAGAGCCUCAUAGAGAUGCACUUCCUGAGUCGGCAAAAGGAGGAGGAGGAGCUCGUGGCCCUGCGGAGCAGGAUCGAGCGCCGGCGCGCCGACCGUGCCGAGCAGCACCGUGUCCGGGCAGAGAGGGAGAAGGAGAGGCAGACGAGGUUGGCUGAAGAGAAGCAGCGCCGGGAGGAGGAGGUGGCCAAACUCCGGGCCGAGGAGGACGCCAAGAAGAAAAAGGUGUUCUCCAACAAGGCCUUUGGCGGCUAUCUGCAGAAGGUGGAGAAGAAGACAGGCAAGAAGCUAACAGAAAGGGAGAAAAAGACCAAGGUCCUGAUGGAGAGACGGAAGCCUCUGAACAUUGACCAUCUCAAUCAGGAGAAGCUGGCUGAGAAGGUGAUGGACUUCUGGCAGUGGAUGCACCAACUGUAUGCUGAGAAGUUUGAUCUGUUGGAGACGAUUAAGAGGCAGAAGUAUGAUAUUCACGUCCUUCGGAACCGUGUUAGCGACCACCAAAGAUUCUCAAAGACCGCCAAGGGCUCCCGUGCAGCCAAAGGUAAAUCAGGCUCUUGGAAGUGACUGCCUCACUUUGGUUCUCCUGCAGAACAAAUCAGACUUCACAAAGGGCUACUUUCACAACAUUUGAAAAGACCUCCGGGCUGAUCAAUGAAGAAACAGAUUAUCUACAUCUAGGAAAAAGAUGCACAUUAAAGAUGUUUUUUAGAAAUGUUCCAAAACAAUAUUCUAGAGAUGUUCUUCAAGUGUUGAUAUGAGAAUGUUCCAGGUGCGAUUUGCUAAUGAGCCGGUACCAAUGUAAUUAAAAGUAAACACAUUAACCUUUCAAGCAGAGUUUUUAACAAGUAUCAAGAACAUCAGGCCCUUUCGAGUUUUAUUACCCAACAUAUGUUUAAUAUAUUGCCUUUGCUGUGGAAAUCUUUUGGAGGAUGGAAAAAGAGUAAAAUGCAAUUAUCAACCA